UUCCGCCUUGGCGCCCUUGGCCGCGGGGGCAAUGUUUUUGUUUUCGUUCUACGUUCAGGUGUUGGGUGGCGACGUAUUAACCGUCGAUAACCAGCUGAAGCAGCUCAAGUUCUCGAGUGGAACGAGGUUGACCGUGCGCAGUGGCAGCCGUUGACAACAAAAACAAUGUAUGCACUCAGCUUCGCCGGAUGAGUGCCGGCGUCGAUCGCGAACCGCCAGAGCCGCCAAAUACCUCUCGUACAUCUCCAAGAACACCAAGAACAGGAGGUAUUCAUAAAGGUCUGAACCACGCGAGGAUCGUCUCGAAGCAUGGUAGCCUCAACAGACGCUUGCCGCCACACGCGAGGAGAAAGCAGGAGGCCCGAAGUUUGAAUGUGAAGUUUUCAGAGGAGGUGCGAAGAGCUGGCCCUCACUUUUUCAAGGCAGCCGCAGAACACUACGAGCCCCGAAUCACUGCCGCGGCUGACUCACGCGGAUGCUGUGCUGCACCCUGCACUGCACAUGGUUCGAAGCACACUUCAGGGGACCAGUGCAUGCCCCUGAUGCAUCGUCGCGGUCCCGGGGAUCAUGGCAUCGAUGAGCUCGCUUUCGCCUUGUCCAAGGUAGCAGCGGAACACUACGGGCAGGCCCAGAGUCACCGCACCGGCUGGCUCACGGGCGUCGUCCUGUACUCUGCACGGCACUGCGUGUGGCUUAAUCAGCCAAGCAGAGGGUCACUGCAUGACCUUUAUGAGGCGUCGCUAGCCAUUGUUUCAAAUCGUCCUGAUUCAUGGGCCAAGCCUUUCAAGACUGCACUCUUAGGCCCAGUCCUUUUUGGUGGAUCGGAUCUUGCCAUCUUCCCCUCUCGUGGCUUCCUGUUGUACUUAAAUAAAUUGUCAUAUUUUUUUCUUAUGGUGGUGCAUACGUUUUGCCACACUUCACAAAAACAGUGUGGUGAAUCCAUGCCGCAGAUUACUGUGAAACGUGCAGGAAGGGUAAACUCCGAAAAUGUUUAUGGAAAGAAGAUAGACAUCCCCCAUUAA